UUCAGGCUGCCUGUUGCCUGACUUAGCAUUCAGUGUCUAUGUAAAGACCUGGAAGGAGGAUUGCAUGGUGGUGGUGAUGCAUCGGACAGCCUAGGCUAAGCGGCCAAGCCAAGCAGAGCGAGGCACACCGUGUGAGGAGGGAAGGAGGAGGAGGUUGGAGGGGUCUAUAGCUGGAGAAGCACAAGUCUGAUGUCACUGGGACUCCUCCAAGAUCCCAGAGGAAGAGAGGAACAGAGGAGGAAGAGGGGAUGCUAAAUGCAGUGUUGACCCAGGAAGAGAGAGAGAGGGAGUAAACAGAGGAACAAGAGGAGAAUACCCUAUUGGAUAGAGACUUUUUAUGAGAUCCUCCAGGAUGCGGUCAUUAUCAGCAGGGCAGAGGCAGGGUCCUUUCCACCUCCACAGGUUCUGAUCUCAUCCUUCUGGGGGCCGAGGAGGCCUCUUGAUUGGGUGUGAUCCCCUCGUCUUGGGGCUCCUGGAGUUCUAGCGAUGGCUCAUGCACUAAAUGACCCGCAGCUGGGCGCCGGCCCCUCUGAGGACUCGGAACUCUCUCAGAAUGAGUCUGAAACGGCCAGCUUGGUGUCUGAGGACUCCAUCAUGCCAGACUAUGAGAUGAGGCGGGGUGGAGGAGGCACCACCUCUACACUGUACGAGGCCUGUAACAGGAACGAGGCGCAAACCCUACAGAGGGUCCUGGAGAGGGGGGUUACUAAGGAAGAAGUCAUGGAGCUGGACAUCAACGGCAGGAAUGGCCUGAUGUUGGCUGUCUCCAGAGGCUACGUGGACAUCGUCUACGGUCUACACACGUGUCCACUGAUAGACAUUAACCACCAGGACAACGAAGGCAGCACGGCAGUGAUGAUCGCUGCCCAGGCCGGCUACAUAUCCAUCCUCAACUUCAUCCUGAACUACUACCCUAAGGUAGACCUGGAGGUGAGGGACAUCAGAGGCUUUACUGCCCUCAUCAAGGCAGCCAUACAAGGCAGGGAGGACUGUGUGUCUUCCCUCAUAAUGGCCGGUGCUGAUAUCAACGUAGUGGACGAUGUCAAAGGGAAAAGCAUAACAGACUGGGCCCUGAAGACAAGUCGCUUCGAGGUCCUGCAGCGUCUCCGUCGCCUCCAGGCGUGUCCCAUCGCCGAACAGUUCUGCGAUAGCUACGUGAUGGAGUGGCCCGAGCUGAAGGAGCUGGUGGCUAAAGCCAUGGCCCCCAAGAACCUGACCCAGCGUCUGAAGGACAGCUUGACCUUCAGCUUCCCCAACGACCCUCAGGACAAUGGGGUGUUGGACCACAUGGUGAGGAUGACAACGUCCAUCCACAGUCCACUAGUCUCCAUGGGCUGCCGGCCACUCUGCCCCACCAGCCCCCCCGAGGUCGGGAAGCGGCGGCUUGCUGUGCCGGAGCUGAUGGAAAAGCACAGCAGCAAGGAACUGGAGGAGAGCUCCGUGUGUCAUAGUAACGGUGUGAAGUGUUCCUUCACGCCGGCGCCGGCAUCGUCCUCCCUCUUGCUUGCCAACUGCUGCUCAGACACGAAGCGAAGGGGCAGUGUCGUCUCAACGGCUGCAAACGGAGUCCAGAACUUCCUCCCCCAUUCCUUGGCGAAUCGGAACAGUGUCUUCCCGUACGGCUGCAUCCCCACGAUCACCUUCACUAAGUCUGCGGAAAAAACACCCAAGAAGGCGAAGAAGACAAAGAGGCACAAGGGCCACCUGGAGCCUCCAGUCUGGAAGUACAAAUCGGAUAAGCAGGAGAAGAAAAAGGAAAAGGAGAAGUUGGAGGAAGAGAAGGAAGUGCAAGAGAAGGCACUUAAGAAAUCUAAAAUGAAGGCAGCCAAGGCGGCGGCCAAGGCCAAGGAGCCCGCCAAGGCAAGUUAAACUGCCAGCUGUCUGUUUGUAAACUGCCACAGAGUGAGGGCACAGAACCCUGAGAGAAUAGAACGGCCUCUGUGCUGCCAUCUCUUACUAACUCCAAUCUGUGAUGAUGUCAUAUAAGAGGGACGGGGGGACAGCUCCCCUGUGGUGGCCCCUUUCCGGGGCCAUCAUGGAAGCCCAGUUUCAGCCCUGCAGUGGUGUCUUCAAUAACAUGGGUGGAAACUAGCAUCUGAGCCAGACUAAGACUAAUGGAUGGACUGUUGUUUUUCCUCUUGAUUGGGAUACGCUGUAAGGACUUCCUGAAAUGGCCUGAACAUUCCUAGACUUUACUAGUCAUGUAUCUAUCAAGAGGAAUAUGUUUUUUAUAUGUUAACUUAUUUUGUCGUUUCAUUUUUGGGGAGUCAGUCGUUAGAAAGAUCAGUAGAGUUUGUUUGGGCUUCCGCUUUCUUAACAUUACAGCAUGUCUGAAACAACUAACUAUUAUCGAAACUGUGAAGGAACCAGAGCCAUAGCAAAGAAAUGUCAAAUGUCUAUCUGCUCCCAUGCCUCAACCGAUCCGUCAGGUUCCUGCGCCCCUGCUGACCGGACAGGUUUCCGUGCCUCAGCUGGCGUGACAGGUUCUCGUGCAUCAACAGGGGUGACCUGUCCGCUCCUGAUCCCCGGGUUCCUUCCCCUUUGACGGUGUCCUGCGGCUAGAGCCGUGCGUCGGGGGUCGGGGAGGGGCUACUGUCACGUAUACUCCCUCUCCGGCCUCUAGGUCAUCAGACCGCUGAUUAUCCAGCACACCUGUCACCGUCUUCUCGCGCACCUGCGCCUCAUGACACUCACCUGGACUCCAUCACCUCCUUGAUUAUCUUCCCUUUAUCCGUCACUCCCCUUGGCUCUUUCCUCAGGUGUUGUUGACUCUGUCUCAUGACACUCACCUGGACUCCAUCACCUCCUUGAUUAUCUUCCCUUUAUCCGUCACUCCCCUUGGCUCUUUCCUCGGGUGUUGUUGACUCUGUCUCAUGACACUCACCUGGACUCCAUCACCUCCUUGAUUAUCUUCCCUUUAUCUGUCACUCCCCUUGGCUCUUUCCUCGGGUGUUGUUGACUCUGUAUCAUGACACUGACAUGGACUCCCUCACCUCCUUGAUUAUCUUCCCUUUAUCCGUCACUCCCCUUGGCUCUUUCCUCGGGUGUUGUUGACUCUGUCUCAUGACACUCACCUGGACUCCAUCACCUCCUUGAUUAUCUUCCCUUUAUCUGUCACUCCCCUUGGCUCUUUCCUCGGGUGUUAUUGACUCUGUCUUAUGACACUGACAUGGACUCUAUCACCUCCUUGAUUAUCUUCCCUUUAUCCAUCACUCCCCUUGGCUCUUUCCUCGGGUGUUGUUGACUCUGUCUCAUGACACUGACAUGGACUCCAUCACCUCCUUGAUUAUCUUCCCUUUAUCUGUCACUCCCCUUGGCUCUUUCCUCGGGUGUUGUUGACUCUGUCUCAUGACACUGACAUGGACUCCAUCACCUCCUUGAUUAUCUUCCCUUUAUCUGUCACUCCCCUUGGCUCUUUCCUCGGGUGUUGUUGACUCUGUCUUAUGACACUGACAUGGACUCCAUCACCUCCUUGAUUAUCUUCCCUUUAUCCAUCACUCCCCUUGGCUCUUUCCUCGGGUGUUGUUGACUCUGUCUCAUGACACUCACCUGGACUCCAUCACCUCCUUGAUUAUCUUCCCUUUAUCUGUCACUCCCCUUGGCUCUUUCCUCGGGUGUUAUUGACUCUGUCUUAUGACACUGACAUGGACUCUAUCACCUCCUUGAUUAUCUUCCCUUUAUCCAUCACUCCCCUUGGCUCUUUCCUCGGGUGUUGUUGACUCUGUCUCAUGACACUGACAUGGACUCCAUCACCUCCUUGAUUAUCUUCCCUUUAUCCGUCACUCCCCUUGGCUCUUUCCUCGGGUGUUGUUGACUCUGUCUCAUGACACUGACAUGGACUCCAUCACCUCCUUGAUUAUCUUCCCUUUAUCUGUCACUCCCCUUGGCUCUUUCCUCGGGUGUUGUUGACUCUGUCUCAUGACACUCACCUGGACUCCAUCACCUCCUUGAUUAUCUUCCCUUUAUCCGUCACUCCCCUUGGCUCUUUCCUCGGGUGUUAUUGACUCUGUCUCAUGACACUGACAUGGACUCCAUCACCUCCUUGAUUAUCUUCCCUUUAUCCAUCACUCCCCUUGGCUCUUUCCUCGGGUGUUGUUGACUCUGUCUCAUGACACUGACAUGGACUCCAUCACCUCCUUGAUUAUCUUCCCUUUAUCCGUCACUCCCCUUGGCUCUUUCCUCGGGUGUUGUUGACUCUGUCUCAUGACACUGACAUGGACUCCAUCACCUCCUUGAUUAUCUUCCCUUUAUCCGUCACUCCCCUUGGCUCUUUCCUCGGGUGUUGUUGACUCUGUCUCAUGACACUCACCUGGACUCCAUCACCUCCUUGAUUAUCUUCCCUUUAUCCGUCACUCCCCUUGGCUCUUUCCUCGGGUGUUGUUGACUCUGUCUCAUGACACUCACCUGGACUCCAUCACCUCCUUGAUUAUCUUCCCUUUAUCUGUCACUCCCCUUGGCUCUUUCCUCGGGUGUUGUUGACUCUGUCUCAUGACACUGACAUGGACUCCAUCACCUCCUUGAUUAUCUUCCCUUUAUCUGUCACUCCCCUUGGCUCUUUCCUCGGGUGUUGUUGACUCUGUUUUCAUGACACUCACCUGGACUCCAUCACCUCCUUGAUUAUCUUCCCUUUAUCCGUCACUCCCCUUGGCUCUUUCCUCGGAUGUUGUUGACUCUGUCUCAUGACACUCACCUGGACUCCAUCACCUCCUUGAUUAUCUUCCCUUUAUCCGUCACUCCCCUUGGCUCUUUCCUCGGGUGUUGUUGACUCUGUUUUCAUGUCACUCACCUGGACUCCAUCACCUCCUUGAUUAUCUUCCCUUUAUCCGUCACUCCCCUUGGCUCUUUCCUCGGGUGUUGUUGACUCUGUUUUCAUGUCGGCGUUGUUUGUGCUCCGUGCUGUUUGUUUAUUAAAACACUCACUCCCUGAACUUGCUUCCCGACUCUCAGCGCACUCGUUACACCGGGCUAGUUAAAUCAGGGAUAACCUCACUUUGAUGAGGCUCAGGUUCUUAGAUAAGCCAGACACUGCGUGACUUUAUUAUUACGUGGCACAAACUUACUCAGAAGUCUUAGCUAUGUUAACAGAUGCACUGUAGGUACAGUGCAACUGUUUUAAAGGUAAACUCAAGCGAAGUGACGUUGCCACGAGCAGCACCGUGGAUAUUGAGACCAGUCUGUAGAGCAAACGAGACAAAAUUGGGAAAACUAACUAAACAAACAGACAAAAUGUUUUUUUUUGGGGGGGGGGAAUAAGAUCAAAACUAAUGCAAGAAUUGCAAAAUUGACCAAAAAUCCCUCAUCAACUUUCAUGCCAGUAGAUCAACAUAUGCAGUGAACCCAGAGAAACUUUCUCACACUAUCUCUGGAGUAUUUAGUUUCAGUUCCCUUUUACAGUUGGGGAACUAGUCAAUAUAAAGUCAACAUUGAAACAAGAGUCUUAUGGAGGUCAGAGAGAGGCCAGUUUAGAACCCGUGACUAAAGACAGAGAGUGCGUCGCAAAUGGUACCCAAUUCCCUACAUAGUGCACAGAAAGUUCAUAUAUAUUUCCAGAACUGCUAAAACCUUUCUUGGAAAGGAAGUUCUAGCGUCAGUCUUAUGCUCCCACCCCUCGUCUUCACAGCAAAUCAAGUGGUUCGACUGCAGUUUAGUCGUUUCUGUAAUUCGAUUAAGCCUUUCAAAUGAUUAUUUCUCAUCUGUUAUAAUGUGUCCUUGUAGACCAUUUCUUUCAAAGAUUGUUGAAUGUCAAAGCAGACUGCCCAGACUUUCCCUCCAUUCUAUUCAACCCUGUCCCGUGCGAUUAUUGCACAACAACAAAACAAAGAGUCCCAGCGAAGCCUGGAGAAAACAGAGACACACUGUGCUGCCCAUAGACAUUGGAUGACAUAUCAUUCUCUUUCCAUGGUGUUGCCUGGCACUGAAAGAAUGCCGAGAACAAACCCGGAUCUCAGCAGCUCACAGAUGAAUGUGGGGAAGGAAAAAUACAUGCUGCUGCUGCUCGAAAUAAGGAAAACAUUUUUUGCUCUCUCUCUUCCCUGAGAUUGUUGAUGUGAGGCCUCCCAGCUGUGUAUCUAGCUGCUGUACAUAGGCCAAGAGGAUCAUAUUCGGGACCAUGAGAUGAAGGAAUUCACAUAACUCAAAUGAAGAAAAGAUCUCACCCACACAUCAGUAUAAUAAAACAUUCCCAUAAAGGAGGCAAGUCAUAUUUGGAUCAUUGUGAGAGAGGAACAGUUCAGUAUUAGUCCAAAUUGAUCCACUGGGUCUAGAUAGCUAUAUUUACUGGAUUUAGACCCACUGUGAGCGUUGCAGACUUCCUUUUAAAGGAUAUUUCAUGGUGCCCAAAGCUGGCUAAAAUAGUGCAAUGUUCUCCUAGAGCUCCGACUGUGCUUCUGAGGAGGAUAGCCUAAUAUAGUAACAAAUACAAAAAGAGUGUUUGUUGCUGUAACACAAGAGCGAAACGAGACAGGAUACCAGUUGUAAUACCAUUAACAGUUAGUGUGUCAUCCUCCAUUACUCAGUUAGCUCCGCAAACGCUGGAGGGUUAGAUCCAAGGGGUAAGAGGAGGGGUAGGGAGUGAAUUGGGACCGGCCGUCUCAGAGAGGGUGUGUCCCAAAUGACACCCUAUUCCCUAUGUAGUGUACUUCAUUUGGCCGGAGCGCUAUGGCUCUGGUCAAAAGCGCACUGCAUAGGGAAUAGGGUGUCACACUGUCUGUCUCCGGUCCAGUCUCCAUGGACGGCUCAUAGUCAGAUGAGACAGACAGUGUUAGUGAUACAAAGGCAGUGAGCAUCACACACAAAAAACAGCACACACACACACACAGUGUAUGUUAAGGCCUAAUAAUGAAGUUAUGAUUAAAGUUCAAGUGUAAAAGUGUUGUCUGCGUGAUGCCUAAUUAUGUAGUUAUAACAUAUUUACUACAGUCUAUCUCUU